AUGGACGAGGGCAAGCCCGGGCGGCACGACGAGCGGCCAAGGGCGAGGGACAACUUCGACCCGCGGCCGCCGUUCGGCGGCGACCCGAAGAUGGUCCGCGCGCUCGCGGACGACAUCUUCAUGGACGGCAAGAUGCAGCUCCACGCGGGCGCGGACACCGAGAGCGGCUUGGGGCCCGGCUUGGUGCCCACCUCCGAGGCGAGCCGCGGCGGCGACGACAUCUUCGCGGAGGGGCGCGCGCGCGAGCACAGCGAGAAGGACACGCACAGCUGGCUGGAGAUGACGGAGAGCGGCGUCGUGCCGGGGGAGGGCGCGCCGGUGCAGAGGCCGUCGCACGUGCGAACAUACCACGGGCCGCCGAUGGACGCGGAGAGAGCGGGGCUGGUGAAGCGAGCGGAGGAGGACGACUUGGACCCGCGGCAUCGGUACUGGUAG